UUUCCCCAGUGCUGGCAUACGACUCCAAGGCAGCCAUUACGACCGCUCAUCAAUCAAUUUGUCAAUGAGAGACUUUGCCAGCACCACUGGUUCCAGUCCGACCAAUGCUGACUCUUCGCAUGACAUUCAAACCGAUGACCAACGCGCCGCGCUCGCUGCGCAUCCAACGAUGGGUUGUAAAGAGCUGGGAAGGUUGGUAUUAUUUCGAAAGAGGCGAUGGAUAGGGUAGGAAGUGUAAAAAGCGGGAUUUACAUGUAGUGGUGCGGUCAGAAGGAGGCGCGAGUCAUGCGCGGCGGCGCGCCGGGAACCAAUGACGUCAAGCGGAUCGAUCCGCGCGGUCCUCUGCGCAGUCCGCCAUUAGGCCCGCUGUCACCUGUGCACGUGCACGAUGAGCCUUACGUAAGCCUCCUCGAUGAACAUCCUGCCCAGGGCUCAUGUGUGGGCUAAGCUUUAGGACCAGGAACAGCCCUUCGCAGAAAACCUCCCUCCGAUGGGGCGACAGCUGCGCGCCUAGCAUGCCGGUAGCUUUAGUGAACAUUCGUUAAACGUGCACGGUGAUAGUGUUAUUUAGACGAUUAUAUUUUGGAUUCGUGUUUAUAUCCUAAAUAUGGGAGUGGACUGUUAGUGAGGGAGGCUGCGACGAUCUCGGGAGACGUUACUGACAAUCGGUUAACCAACAUCCAAGAUGAUCAACAUAGCGGGCGUGAUCUCCAUCAUCUUGUUCUACGUGCUGAUCCUGGCCGUGGGCAUCUGGGCGGGCCGCAAGAAACCGGCAGGAAAUGACUCUGAAGAGGAGGUGAUGUUGGCUGGCCGCUCCAUCGGGCUGUUCGUCGGCAUAUUCACUAUGACUGCGACGUGGGUGGGCGGAGGCUACAUCAACGGGACGGCGGAGGCGAUCUACACAUCCGGACUUGUAUGGUGCCAGGCGCCAUUCGGAUAUGCCCUCUCGCUGGUCUUCGGCGGCAUAUUCUUCGCAAACCCCAUGAGGAAGCAGGGCUACGUGACCAUGCUGGAUCCGCUGCAGGACUCCUUCGGCAGCCGUAUGGGCGGCCUGCUGUUCUUACCAGCACUGUGUGGAGAGGUCUUCUGGGCUGCUGGCAUCCUGGCUGCACUGGGCGCCACCUUAGCCGUCAUCAUCGACAUGGACCACCGCACAUCCGUCAUCUUCAGCGCGUGCGUGGCCGUCUUCUACACGCUCUUCGGCGGCCUCUACUCCGUCGCCUACACCGACGUCAUCCAGCUGUUCUGCAUCUUCCUCGGCCUCUGGAUGUGCAUCCCCUUCGCCUGGGCCAACGACUACGUCAAGCCGCUGGGGGGAAUGGAUGUGGACUGGAUAGGGCAUAUCGACAAGAAAUACUACUGGUUUUAUAUAGAUUAUGGGCUGUUGCUGAUUUUUGGAGGGAUUCCGUGGCAGGUAUAUUUCCAACGCGUGCUGAGCAGUAAGACGGCGGGGCGAGCGCAGAUCCUCUCGUACGUGGCGGCCAUCGGUUGCAUCUUCAUGGCCAUCCCGCCCGUGCUUAUUGGAGCCAUCGCCAAAGCUACAGCGUGGAACGAGACUGGCUUCAAGGGGGACCUGACGGCUGACGGCGAGCUGACGUCAGACCAGACGUCCAUGAUCUUACCUCUCGUCCUGCAGUAUCUGACGCCGGACAUCGUGUCCUUCUUCGGACUGGGAGCCGUGUCGGCUGCUGUCAUGUCCUCGGCUGACUCUAGUGUGCUGAGCGCUUCUAGUAUGUUUGCCAGGAACGUGUACAAGCUGAUCUUCCGCCAAAACGCAUCCGAAAUGGAGAUCAUCUGGGUGAUGCGCGUGAGCAUCCUGGUGGUCGGCUUCCUUUCCACGCUGAUGGCUCUGACCAUCCCCUCCAUCUACGGCUUGUGGUCGAUGUGCUCGGACUUGGUCUACGUGAUCCUUUUCCCGCAACUGCUCAUGGUGGUCCACUUCAAGAAGUACUGCAACACCUACGGCUCGCUGUCCGCGUACAUAGUGGCCCUCCUCGUGCGGCUGACGGGAGGCGAGAAGAUGCUGGGCUUGGCCCCGUUGAUACACUACCCUGGAUGGGAUCCGGAGACUGAGCAGCAGCUGUUCCCCUUCAGGACUAUGGCGAUGGUGAUGUCGCUGUUCACGUUGGCGUUCAUAUCCUGGCUGUCCGUGUACCUCUUCAACUCCGGCUACCUUAGCCCCGAAUCCGACUACUUCAACUGCGUAGUCAACAUCCCCGAGGACAUGGGCCGUGUAGACGAGCCGUCGGAGGCCGGCGAGCAGAUGUCCGUGCUCGGCGGCGUGCCGGGCCGGCUGUACGGAGCCGCGUCCACACUGGUCGGGCCGGACGAGCGUGCUGGACGCAUCAACCCCGCCUUGGAACCUGAUGAUGACUUAGAUGACCCCAAUGAUGGACCCACCCCCCUGUUUGGUUCGAGCUCUGCCCCCCCACCCGUUCAGCCGCUUGGCAAACAGACAGCUUUCUGAGACGAUGCAUACUUCUAUUAAAGAAGCACGUAUGGGCUGGCUAUAUGUCACUCUGCAACUGCGUUUCGAUGUAAAUUACUGAUUGGUUAGUUGUUGAUCUUUGAACGGAGGUUGUUAAUUUGAUAUAUUGAUUUUAUACGUGUAAAAGUGGCCUUGUGUCUAUUUAUAAAAUGGUUGAAAUCAAUAUAAUUGGAUUUUGAGUGAAACUACACUUGACGUCAAUGAUAAUAUAUGUUCACAUUUUUCGCCUUAUUACAAAGGAAUGUUUGUCUUGUCAUUUAACAGAGGUUUGCUAAGUUUUAUGAAUUACUGCUGGGGCUGAAGUUUUAUUUCUGAGUGCAAAGUGUCAGAGUGUCGUAAAGCACCCUAUAUGACUGGAAUGAUGCUCAAAUCAAGGACGUGUCUUCUUCCGAUUCUUUUGUAACCAACGACGUUUUUCACAUAGUUGUAAGUGCCAGCACUUAGACGAUGUAGAUCGGCCUGGUCCGCCCUAGGUUGAAAAUUUUCGGGAAAAUCAUGGCCUGAAAAUUUUUAACAGAAGAAUUUUUGAUACAGAGAAUAUAGCAUAUUUCUAUGCUGUAGGAUUUAUUUUGGACAAAGAGUAAUAGCCGAAGAUAUAUCAGCCUAGGGACAGCAUAUAGACCAGGCCUCCCAUGGUAAUACGAUUGCAGUUUAUAGAGUAUGUUUAUAUGUACUUAUACUUAAAGCUAGUAGCGCGAAAUCGCGUAUGCAACUCAUACAUAUCAGAAUAAACUUUAAUUGUUAGAGAGAUAUUGUAUACAUUAUUUAUAUUAAAGAAGAUUCCUUAUUUAAGUCAAUUAAUGUAGAGAUGAGAUGGGAGCACAAAAUAUGUGUUGCGUGCUUAUAGCGCGAAUAGUGGCGGGUAGCUAUACGGUAUCACACUGUAAGUUGGGGCUACUCACACAGGGUUGCAUUCAGAGAAAGAGCACUUUUUGUGUUAGGUGUAUCCAGGGAAUAGUUUCACUUUUUGCAAUAAGUUUUUAAGAUCUGGUCUGGUCUGGUCGAAAACAUAAGUUUGCUGAAUCUUUCGGAGUUUGAAUUUUUGUCCGACUUCGGCAAAGUGAAUGUUUCACGCGCGACUCGUAUUGUGUGAACGUUUGUAACGUGUGCUCACGUUUAGAGCACUUUAGAGUCAUUUAUCAUUUGCCGUUGGUUUUAAAUCAUUUUUGGUGCCUAAUUUUUCUAGAAGUGCCAGUAUGUUUAUUUUACUUAAAUGCCAAUAAAAAUACAGUCAUAUUUUUAAAAAUGUUGUGCGGGAUCGGUUUAAGUCGAAUAAAUUUUUUUAACAUUUCGUAAUGUGUGUGUGGCGCCAAAAACCGUGCGUUAAAACCUGGGUAGUGCUGUAAUUUAAGCAAAAAAAAAACUUUGUCGAAAAAAAAAGACUAAAAUUACUAAUUAUUUAAAUGACUAAAAUGAUUAAAAUUAUUAAUCCGGAUCUCCUUAUCAUACACAAACAAGAGUGUGUAAUUGUAGUAGACUCAACUUAAAUUGCGAUACAGUAUAAUGACCCGCAGUGUUGUACCGCGAGUAGUGUGGAGCGUGUGGGCAAUGAAUUGAUUCAAGCAGUAUUCAUGAAAUUGUAUCAAUUUCAAAUACCCACGUAGAUAAUUAUCAAAAAAAAUGCUGUAUAAAAAAACGAUGCAAUAUUAUUUUUAUUACAAAUUGACGCAAUAUAGAUGUUGUUGUUUUAUAAUGUUUAGCUUAGUAGAAAAUUUAUUUGUAAAUAUUUGUUUGUAGAUCUCGAUUGCUUCUCACGAAAUUAGUGUUAGUUUUUAUGAAUAUAUAUUAAAAGCAUUUAUCGAAGCAAAGCUGCAGAAUUUUCCAAAUAUUUAUUUAGCUCAGAUACAUAAUGUAAACUAAACGAAACUUAGGAAUAUUGAAUUUUAUUGAAAGGUAUAUAGUGUAGGCUUUAAGCCUAACUUUAAUAUGUGCAGAUAUAUUUGUUUCAAGUCUGCACAUUUAUAUAUUUGUAUGUGUGCACGGUAUAUAGCUGCGCACUAGGGCCAUGUAGCUACUGAUGUGCUUGUUGCGGAAAGUUUCCAAAAGGUUUCCGGAAAUAUUAUGAAAAUUUCACAAAAAAAUUGAAAUUUCGGAUAUUAUUUUUUCCAUAGAAAAUUAUGAGAAAUUUCCGACAUUAUUCCACGUGUAAAUUUCACAAUUUUGUAAACUUCCCGACGGCACAUCGGUACAUGUGACUGAACACAGGACUUACAUGUGUGACCCUGUAGGAUACGUUUUAACUCUGUGUGUAUCGGUGUUCAAUAUACUAUAGGCUUGGUCCCCCCCUCCCCACCCGACCAAAUGUCCAAAUUAAUAUACUCGUUCACGCUUUUCACUAAAGUCUAUCCUAUAUAUCUGUUUUAAAUUGUUAUUACUAAAUUAUAUGACGCUGUAAAGCUAUAACAUAGUAUAUUGAAGUUUAGGAUCUGCGUUGCAAUAUAUCAAAGUAUAUUUUGAAUGUGAUAUACAAGUCACCUGCCUAUAUGUAGGUAUAAAGAAUAGAGUUUGCUAAGACUUCGACACGAAACAUAUCAAAUAAAUGUGACUUAAUGUUAACUUAUUGAACAUAUCUUAACUUUAGUAUAGAGAUGGAUACAUAUCAGUAAUUGUAAGUAGCUAUAGGUUCGUUGUUGUUCUUCGGCCGCGCUUUCUAACUAGAAUAGUCGAAUUUGUUCAAAUGUAUACCAUAUACCAUAUAUAAAAUGGUAUUAGGAUAUUUUAUUUUAAAUUAUAUCCUGUUUAAAAAAUAUGAUUGUAAUUUAAGUGAAAUAUUUAUUUUUAAGCCAAAAUAUACAAGAAAUAUUUACAUAUAUUUGAAACCUUAUAAUUUGAAUAUUUUAAAUUGUUUCCUUAGUGAUGACUUAAAAUAUAAAUGCCAAGAAUAUUUGAGGACAUAAUUCCAGUUAUAUCCUACUGAGUGUAUGUCCCUGACCAUUUCUUAACCUUUCGAAGGGUAUAUACAAUUUUAAUUAAAAGUUUCCUAAGAGCAAGCUAAGCAAUAAAUUAUUUCAAAUAUAUACUCUGCAUCUUAAAUCUUUGAAAGGUUAAAUCUUCGUUGAAUGGUUAUUCGAGCUGCUUUAACCAUAACUAGAUUUAUGUGAUGACACUUUUGAUUUUGUGGUCAAAAGUCGCUUGCAGUGCUCUAGAAAAUAAUUGGAUAAACCUCAGUUAUUUUUAAACUGAAAAAAGUAAGGCAUUACAGGUUAGUGUUGUCAUCCUCGUAUUAAAUCAACAUAAUGGUUAUCAUUAUACUUUAUGACAGCUAGAAAACAAGAAGCUGAGUUGACUUGUCAGUAGACUUAGACCAAGAAAAGUCUGCAACGAUUUUGAUAGCACACGCAGUGCAAGUGUUAUUUUAAACGUCAAACUUUUAUGAAAUUAUGACGUAAUUAUAUAAUAACACUAGCAGUGCGUGUGCUAUUAAACUCGCAGCAUAUUUUUCUUGGUCUAACUCUUAAACUCUGUUGUUUUUGUCGAUAUUAAAUAAUUGAAGUUAAAUCUAACGAAUGCAAACUUUGUAAUCAAAUCUUAUAAAUCGAUAUUUUUUAUUCGUCAAUUUUCAGUGGUUGCAUUUUCAUUUCAUUUGAAUUGACCGACGGAGCAGUCUAAAAAAGCUUGUACUAUUUUUUACAAAGCAGUAUUGUUUUUGUUAUAUUUAUGAUGCCUACUUUAUAUUUUAUUCCUUAUCAAGUACUAUACGAUAAAAAUGUGUAACAAAAAUAAAUAUUUAUAUCGUUCUCUAUUUAUAAAUAAUUGUAUGACUGACCUCAACAUAUCAAGAAAUUGAAUUUAUUGAAAAAUAUAUAUGUACGUAAAUUAAGUUUGCGCGUUUAGGUUAGGAAGCGACCGGUCCAUUGUUAGAUUGUAGAUAUACUAUUGACUUAUUCCUAGUUCUUGUUGAAUAUUGAAACUGUGAAAUGUGUACCGUUGUGGAUCGCCGACAGGCGCAAUAAACAUAGUAUGUCGAGA